ACACGAAAAUUUCACCCCUGGCGUUCGCACCGCCAUCGUGUUAGAGGUUAUAAUUGCAAAGCGAACAAGUUUGUCACCGCUGUCAUUUUCGGCACUGAAUUGUAGCGUUGUCGAAAUAAAUCGACGAAAUGGUUUUGAACGUCUGUUACAAGACGUGGCAUCGCGUCAGAUUUGUCGUAACUCAUCGUCAUCGUCGGGGGGAUAAUUCUAAGCUUGGAAUUGUUAAGUCAGCACAAGUUGCGAGCGUGUUGGCUGGCGUUUUUUCAAUAUUCGGAGGGCCUAAAAAAUCGGAAUCCGACGAUGUGGAGAUCGCUAAUUUCAUGGCAGAGCCGGUCAGCGAUUUGACAAAGCUCAAGGAACACCGUUCCAACAUGCAAGCCAGAAUGGAGCUACUCAUCAUGAAGAUUCAGGCCGACUUUUGUCGCGCGCUCGAAUCCGAGGAACUCGAUGACGCGAAAUUCUCCGUCGACCGAUGGACCAGAAAGGAAGGCGGGGGAGGAAUAUCCUGCAUCUUGGAAGAGGGUCAAGUCUUCGAAAAAGCGGGUGUCAACAUAUCCGUCGUUCACGGAAACCUUCCCACCGAAGCCAUCAAGCAAAUGAGAGCGAGAGGCAAAAAGCUCUCGGAAGGAGGACCGCUUCCGUUUUUCGCUACAGGCGUCAGUGCCGUGAUUCAUCCCAGAAAUCCGAUGGUCCCAACCAUCCACUUCAACUACAGAUACUUCGAAGUGACCAACACUGACGGAUCGGUCGAGUGGUGGUUCGGUGGCGGUACCGACCUGACACCGUAUUACUUGAACGAAGGAGACGCCGUUCAUUUUCACAAGGCGCUCAAGACCGCUUGCGACAAAAGCAGCAAGUCUUAUUACCCCCGUUUCAAAAAAUGGUGCGACGAUUACUUUUCGAUACCGCACAGAGGUGAGAGGCGGGGUAUCGGCGGUAUUUUCUUCGACGAUUUAGACGAGCCUAAUCAGGAGGGUGCAUUCCAGUUUGUGAAAAAUUGCGCGGAGGCCGUAAUUCCCUCUUACGUUCCGCUGGUCCAAAAACACAAAAACGACGGAUACGGUUAUGCCGAAAGACAGUGGCAAUUACUCCGCAGGGGACGAUACGUCGAAUUCAACCUUAUCUACGACAGGGGCACGAAAUUCGGGCUCCUAACGCCCGGUGCUCGUAUCGAAAGCAUUCUAAUGUCCUUGCCAUUGACGGCGAAAUGGCAAUACAUGCACAAGCCGGAAACGGACUCCGAAGAAUCCAAGCUAAUGAAUGUCUUGAGGAAUCCGAAGGAUUGGUUAAAGAUAGAAGAAUAAUUUCAGGAUCGUGGCUUUUCAGAGCUUAAUUGUUUUUUUUUUUUUAUACAAACUUAGAAAUACGGA